CAGUUGGAUGCGCGCAGCCGCGGGCGCGGAGCCGGGAGGCGUCGUCGGGACAGAGGUUGUCCUCAUCAGCAGCUACAGAGAUUCAGAGACACGAUACUGUCCUCAUCAGCGGCCACAGAGACACUGAGAGACGUGAACCACCCGGGAGCGGAGAGGAUGAGGCGAACAAGCGUCCUUCUGGUGUUUGGAGUCAUCUUGAGCUUCUGCCGGGCUCAGUCGGAGACGGGAGGCGAUGAGACCGGGGAGGAGGAACACGUGGAGCUCUUCACAACUCCGGCGGCAAAGAUGGCCGCCGCCACCUCAGACUUCGGCUACAACCUGUUCCGAGCGUUGGCGAGCAGCGAGGCAGCGAGCAACGUCUUCUUGGCCCCCAUCAGUGUGUCGGCGGUGCUGACUCAGCUGUCCAUGGGAGGAUCUGAGCACGCUCAGAGGCAGCUGCACCGGGCCCUGAGGUACCACACCCUGCAGGACCCUCAGCUCCACGGGACCCUGAAGGACCUGCUGGCCUCAGUCCAGACACCGGGGAAAGGCCUGAGCGCGGCCGCUCGCAUCUACGUGUCAAGACGACUUCGUCUGAAGCCGGACUUCACAGCGCUUGUGCAGCAGCAGUACGGCGUUAGUCCCAAGGUGCUACUGGGAGUAACCAAAGACGUGAAAGAGAUCAAUGACUGGGUGUCUCAGCAGACCGGCGGGAAGGUGCAGCGCUUCCUGUCCAAGGCCCUCCCCCGACCCACCGGUGUGAGUCCCGUGAGCGCCGCCUACUUUAAAGGGAAGUGGGCGACUCGCUUCGGUCAGAGUGGACAGCUGGAGGACUUCCAGGUGGACGGGAGUGCACCUGUUCGUGUUCCAAUGAUGCAGCAGGAUAACUACCCCGUGAAGAUGGGAGUGGACUCAGACCUGAGCUGCACAAUCGCUCAGAUCCAGAUGCAGAACGACGUCAGCAUGUUCAUCUUCCUCCCGGACGAAGUGACGUCCAACUUGACCCUAGUGGAGGAGAGUCUGACGGCCGAGUUCGUUCAGGAUCUGUCUAUGACACUGCUUCCUGCACAGGUGUUGCUGACUCUUCCCGUCCUGAGGCUCAGCUCCUCCAAAGACCUCCUGCCUCUGCUGGGCAACCUGGGCCUCUCUGAUUGGCUGGCUAACCCGGAGCUGGAGAAGGUUGUGGCUCAGCCUGGCAAGCUCGGCAGCCUCAUGCACAAGGUUGUGAUGGAGACGGCCCCUGAGGGGAACCAGUACCCGAGCGCCACCUCGACUUCCAGCCACCUGACGUACCGAGUGGACCGGCCCUUCCUCUACCUGAUCAGGGACGAAGCUUCGGGGGCGUUGCUCUUCAUCGGCCGGGUGGUCAACCCCAAAGCCCUGACAAUAUAAUUCAAUAUACGUAUUUCUAUCCUUGUGAGGACCUUUCAAUGAUGUAAUGUAUCACUAGUCCCAAGUCUUAACCCUGAACCAGGCCAAUGAGGAAGUGAGGGCUGUUCAAAAGGUCCUCACUUUCCCAAAAUGUCAUCAAUCUGAUUAUCUAGGACUCAAACCAGUUCCCCAGAAAGUUAGCUGUGCAAGAACACACACACAUACUCUUAGCAGGUCCUAGGAGGGAUUUCAGGUGUUUGCAAGAAUAUUUGAUUUGAUUUUUACUUUUCAUGUUGAAACACGUUAAUCUGACCAGAUACUCAAACACGCUGACGACACUCUACUAAUGUUUCCUAAGAAAUGUUGUCAUGUGCGUUAAAAAGAAAUAAAUGAGACAAUGAAACCAAA